GGGAAAAAAUGUUUUCACAGUUUUCACUUUUUGAAACGCAGCACUCCGUUCAUCAUCUUCAUGUACCACGCUGUCAAUAAAGCACAGAACAAGCAGAAACCCUCACCAUUCCACAAUCAUGAAUCUUCUUCGAAACGCAAUCAAAUCGAGCCUUUCGCUUCGAACGAUCAAGCCAAGUCAUGGGCUCCCAUUUUUUCAUCGCGAAUCGCCGAAACGUUUCUCGACCGAAACGGAAACGGAAACUCCAGCCUCUGCAGACGGUUCAUCUGUCGAUCAAUUUCUUCACACACCAAACAAAGAUGCGGUGUAUGGAAAACUGAUUGGCCCUACGAAGCACACAUUGAAGAGUGAUAUAAUUAAUCUGCUGGAAGGCAGUAAGUUGACGCCAGAUGAUGUUAAAGUAAACUACUCACGGAACUAUACGCCCAUUGGAAUAAUGGUACGAUUCCCGUCACGUUCAGCCUUUGAUAAUGCUUUUAGGCAAAUUGCAAAGAAUGGUCGCUUUUACAGAUUGGACAAGGUUGAUCGUUCGUUCUGGGAUAAUGUUAUGCCGUAUGAUGGGAAAACUGUAUUGCUGCAAGGAAUUCCUCAAAAUGCUUAUCCAGAUGACAUAGACAACUUUCUCUCUGGCUGUGAAUAUGAUGCAUCAUCCAUCCAGAUGUUUAUAAGGCCGGGAAACCCAGAGCUCAUUAGAAUGGCAACAGUUUGCUUCCCCUCACAGACACAGGCAAUGAAUGCAUUCCUUAGGAAGAAUAGAGGCUUCUGUCUCAAUAAUCAAAUUUUAAUGCGAGUUCUAGUGUAAUUGUCUUUUUGUCCCUUAACUGGUGGCAUUGCAAUGUGAUCAAUCAUAAGGGUUAAAUCUAUACAGUGCUUUGAACAAUGUUGAGUAUUUGUUUCAGUGUUGCAUAUUUGGAAAAACCUUGUUCGUUAAGGGACAUUAAGAGUUCAAUAUUUUUGUUUCAAAGCAAGUAACUUUUCUAUGUUUCAAUUAUUAGUAGGACCAGAAGGGUAACUACUAUUUGUUGGACUAGAUUUUUGUGAAAUAACUUGAUUAAUUUUUGGUUUGGGUC